AUGCAUUACCACUGAAGCAACUCAAUCUUACCCAUUAUCCAAUUGUCCCCCAAUCAUAUUUUCAGUUCAAACUUCUCUCUUCCCUCUUUCUUCUUCUUCUUCUUCCUCUUAUCCUCUUUUCAAUCUCAAUUAUUAAGUUCAACUACGUUUUAAUUUUCGGUCCUUGAAUCAUUGAAUGUAAAAAAAGAAAAAGAAAAAGAUAAAAAAAAGACAAUGGCAGACACUGGAGACACUGCCAGCUCCAGUAGAACUGGUGAUUUGCCGGAGCUCUCAUCGGAAGCAACCCUGUUCGGGAAAUACGAGCUUGGGAAGUUGCUGGGGUGUGGGGCUUUCGCAAAGGUUUACCACGCGCGCGACGUCGACUCCGGGCAGAGCGUGGCCAUCAAGGCCGUCAGCAAGAAGAAGGUUUUAAAAGGCGGGUUCAUGGCACAUGUUAAGAGGGAGAUCGCUAUCAUGCGCCGGUUGCGCCACCCUAACAUCGUCAAGCUCAUCGAGGUUUUGGCUACCAAGACUAAGGUUUAUUUCGUCAUGGAAUUCGCCAAAGGCGGGGAAUUGUUCACGAGGAUUUCCAGGGGUCGUUUCAGUGAAGAUCUCAGCCGUCGGUAUUUCCAGCAGUUGAUCUCCGCCGUCCGGUUUUGUCAUUCAAGGGGCGUGUUCCACCGCGAUUUGAAGCCGGAGAAUCUCCUUCUCGACGAGAACUGGAACUUGAAAAUAACGGAUUUCGGACUUAGUGCGGUUACGGAUCAGAUCCGACCCGACGGCCUCCUCCAUACUUUAUGCGGUACCCCAGCGUACGUGGCGCCGGAGAUUCUGGCGAAGAAAGGAUACGACGGCGCCAAAGUCGACGUCUGGUCAUGCGGCAUCGUUUUGUAUGUUCUCCACGCUGGAUACCUACCGUUCAACGACCCCAAUCUGAUGGUGAUGUAUCGUCGUAUUUAUAAAGGCGAAUUCCGGUUCCCGAAAUGGACGUCUCCAGAUCUCCGGCGAUUUUUAAGCCGGCUUCUGGACACUAAUCCUGAAACAAGGAUCACCGUCGAUGAAAUCAUCACCGAUCCCUGGUUCAAGAAAGGUUACAAAGAAACCAAAUUCAACGCGGAGGAAUUUGAAUUGAAAGGGGAUAUCCAGAGCACCAAGUGCUUAAACGCCUUCCAUAUAAUCUCAUUUUCGACCGGUUUCGACCUCUCCGGUUUAUUCAACGACGCCGACUUUUCGGCCCGGAGAGAACAGUUCGUAUCGGGGGAGAAACCGGAAAGGAUAAUACUGAGAAUCGAAGAAGAGUUCCGGAAAAUCGAGAACGUGAAGGCGAAGAAAAGGAAAGAGAGAGGGAUCUAUUUGGAAGGGCAGGAUAGUAAUUUGAUUCUCACCGUAGAUAUUCAUCAGCUGACGGAAAUUUUGGUGGUGGCGGAGAUACGGUGGCGGGAGAUUAACGUUGAGCCAAACAGUGAUGUUUGGAAACAUAAGUUAAGGCCAAGACUUUCCGAUAUCAUAUACGAAACGGAAGCGGUGCAUGUUUCAGAAUAACUUUAGUUGAAAGCCGAGAACCGCCGGUCGGAAAAGAUUGAUCUCGGUGGCUGUAAUAUAUAUUUUCUUAAUAAUGGUUUUUGUCUUAUUGCAUGUUUAUUUUUUUGAGGUGAAACAUUUUAUCAAAUUCUCUCAAAUAUAAACGUAAAUCUUCAAAUUUGAA